AAAUACGAGCUCGAUGCCGGAGGCUUCAGGGUCAGAGGUGGCCGACGAGUCGGAUUAUUCGAUUUUCGAGAAUAAAGCCGGCUUGGCCGAGGAUAUGAAGUUUCUGGCAAGUAUGCCGGAACUAUGCGACGUGACCUUCCUCGUCGGUGAUACCAAAGAACCUAUUUGCGCUGUGAAGGCUGUUUUAGCGGCCAGAAGUAGAGUUUUUCAGAAAAUGUUUUACCAGGCACCAAGUCCACAGCGUAAAAAAGAGCCAGCACCGAAAGAGAAUAAAAUCCGCCUGUUUUUAAAGAGAAGCUCGGAACCGUUGUUGAAUCUGCAGAAUGCAGCGCAACAGCGGUCAGGGUUCGCGCAGCAGUUGGCUCCCAUACAAGAGCCGAAUCAGCAUCAUACAGUGAUCAUCGAGGAAUUUGAACCUGAUGUGUUUCGCCAGCUGAUCGAAUACAUUCAUACUGGAUGUGUGACAUUGCAACCUAGAACAUUAUUGGGAUUGAUGAACGCAGCUGAUUAUUACGGAUUGGAACAACUGAGGAAAGCUUGCACAGGAUUUGUGCAAUGUUGUAUAACAGUGGACACAGUGUGCGCUUUAUUGGCGUCAGCUGAACGAUACAUUCAGUACAAAUGUACAAAAUCUUUGGUUCAUAAGGUAUUUGAAUUUGUCGACGAACAUGGCAACGAAGUGUUGAAUUUAGGCUCGUUCACCCUUCUUCCUCAACAUGUAGUUCGUUUAAUCCUCGCUAGGGAAGAGUUACGUGCCGAUGAAUUUACUAAAUUCCAAGCGGCCUUGAUGUGGAGCAAGAAAUACUGCGACAGCAAUCAGAAUCAAGAUCUGAAGGAUGUGAUAGGCAACUUUCUGGAGUACAUUCAAUUUCACAAGAUUCCUGCAAACGUGCUUAUGAGGGAAGUUCACCCUCUGGGCCUGGUACCUUCGGGGAUCAUAGUGAACGCGUUGGCCUAUCAGGCAGACCCGACCAGUGUCGACCCCGGAAAGCUCUCCCCCCACAAAGUGAAGCACCAGGACCGUAGUCUGUCGGUGCAAUCCUCGUUGCAGGACCAAUUCGGGAGCAACACGUCACUGAGCUCGACCGGUUCAUACGAGGGGUCCGACGAGAAACAGCAUUCAGGUAAAUACGGCAUAGCGGAGCAGGAAAUACGGGAGCAGGAACAGUGGCAGAAACACAGGCAGGAAGAGGAGGAUCUGCAACGGCUGAUCGAGCAGAGGAGUCAGUAUCAAUCGAUGAGGCAGGACGAGGUGCAACGGCAGCACGACGAACAGCUGAUCAGAAGGCAGGAGGAGGAGUUGAGGAGGCAGGAGAUGCAGGAGGAGUUCGAGAGGAGGCAGAAGAGUAUGAAGAAGAAGAAGCAGGAGGAGGAGUUGAAGAGGAAGAGGGCCGAGGAGGAAUUGAAGAGGCAAAGAGAGGAAGAGGAGCAGAGGAAGAAGCAGGAGGAGGAGUCGAAGAGGCGGAAGGAAGAGGAGGAGGAACGGAGGAAGCGGAGGGAAGAAGAAGAAGAGAAGAAGAUGGAAGAUAUGGCGAAGCGGGAGGACGAGAAGAAGAAACGAUCGGAAGUGGAAUUGAGGGACAAGGAAGAAAAGGAGAAUUUGGAGAAAUAUCGAGAGGAGGAGGAUCUGAAGAAGGCAGAUCAAGAGGAAAUUCCACAGAAGAGAUUGAAAAGUGAAGAAGAUGAGAAACGGCAGGAAUUGGAGCAGAGAUUAGUGGCAACGAUUGAAGAUCGGGCUCGAGAAGAAGCAAUUGAACCAAAGGAAGAAGAAAAAUUGGAUGGACAAGUGGAAGAAGAAAAACGAGAGCAGGAAGAGUUGUUGAAACAACAAAAGGAAGAGGAGCAACGAAGAAUUCGAGAAGAAAAGAAGAUGCAAUUACAGCUGGAGGAAUUGAAGGCCCAUUGGACGUCGCAGCAGGAAGUAAUGUUGAGGAUGCAGGAGGAAGCGUUGCAACAACAGAUAGAGGAAAGAAGAUACGAGGAUCAAUGGGAGAGCAGACAAUUCCAGCAAUUGCAAUUGCAGAUAGAGGGUCGAAAACCUGAAGCGGAGAAGAAGUUGGAACAAAGACAGACAACGGAGCGAAAAAGAGGGAGGAAGAGGAAGGAGGGAAGAGUGGAGAUUAGGAUGCACGAAGCUGAAUCGCCGAAGCGCGAACAGCAACUUCAACAAUCACAACUUGCAGAUGGCGUAACUGGUUUCUACAUAAAGAUAGUUGUGAGACAGGAAGGCAGAGCCAAUUUAGUUUGGUUGUUCAAAACGCACAAAUUUUGAAUGAUUCUUGUUUCUCAAUGUCCUCUUUUUUCGAUUUGCCACUGCAAUUAAAGUUUAUAAUUAAUUGAUUAUUUUCGAGAAAGAAGAUUAUUCCAAGGUAUGACUAUCAUUCUUCAUAUCGUUUAAAUAAUUUUUAUCUCAUGAAAAAAUUUUCACUUUACGUGUAACGAAUCAUUGCCAAUCAUUUUUUUUCCUCUCUCUUUUUUUUUAAUAUGCAUUAAUAUAAUUUUUUAUCGUUGUAUUAUACACAGAUAUUUAAGAUAAGUGUAAAGAGAUGUUCACUCAUGAUGGUUGUUAAAUUCAGACCGAAUGUCUGUAUGUAGAUAAGAUACGUGCUCAUUGUUGAAAUGAUUUAAUAGAAUACAAUUAAAUCUUAUUGCGAUAUAUCGUUAUUAUUUUAAGGGUAUUUAUAAUUUGUACAGUGUCUGUGAGAUCUCUAAAUUCAACCGGAGAAUUAUGAGUUCCGCUGCUCAAAAAGAAAUUGUCAGAAAAUUAUACGCUCGAAUCUAUUUACCUCUAAUAAAAUUUCCAUUGUUAAAGUAUCAUUUACGGUAUCAUUUACGAUUCGAACGAUUGAUUUAUCCUAGGGAAUUAUCCGGGAAACUGGCAAAAUAAUUCUCCGAUUGCUUCGAGCGGUGUAUCAACAUGAAACGUAACUGUUAUCGACACCGAUUUUACGAGUGUUAAUUUUACAACUGACACGUUAACGACUACUUAUAUACAAUAAUUUACAUACGCUGCCUGUCUCUGAAUUCCCCGACCAUUUCUUCAAUCUAAUCAUUAUCAAUUACGCGGUGUCACGCCAGUAAUGAAAGAACACGAGUUUCGUCGACAUCAAUCAAACUCCUCGCUUUCCUGUGAAUCAAGUAACUUCAUAAUAACUUAUUAUUGCUCUCAGUCUCGAAUUUUUUUUUUUAUUCCCUAUAACGGCUGUUAUAAAGCGAUAGACUGUCUGAAAUAUAUUUUACGCCAAGCAUCUCGAACAUCCAUUUCGAUCAUUCGAAGAAAAAAAAUCUGUUUUUCUAUUCUGUUCGCAAAAUUGGACCAUCUAACGUUAAUCAUUUCUCAAUCAUUUUUAUGAUUAGCGAAUAACAAUUUUUUUUUUCUAUCAUAUAUGAUGUUUUUAAAGAAGAUUCAAAAUUAAUUUUGAAGAUAUAUGUCUUUGCUUCGAGUAAGAUCAUCUUCGUUUAUUAGUGAUGGAUAAUAAUUAUUGAAGUAUACGUAAAAAAAAAUGUAAAUAAUAUUAAAAAUUUACUGUAAAAUAAAAAUUACAAAAAAUUAUCCUUCGUUAUCGUAUUAUUUGUGACAAGAAAAUUUUUAUCAAAAUGCACAUAUAGCGGAAAUAAAUUAUAAUAUUCGUGUUAUAUGGUCCAUUCUAUAGUAUAGCAAGUAUUACGAUAAAAAUUGAAAAUGUCACAAUAAAAAUUAUCGAUCGUUAAGAAUUAAAAAAAAAAAGAUUUUAUCAGAAAAAUAGAAAAUGUAUGCAUACGUGAAUCAAUUUACUUGUAAAAGAAAAAAAAGCAACAGUAAAAGUAAAAAGAAAAUAACGUUAUUGUUAAAUUUUAUCAUAUUCACUGAAGGAAUUGUAAAAAUUGAAAAUAUAUUACAUAUUACGUAUGCAUACAAUAAUAUAAUAUUAAUAUAUAACGAUUUGUAUCAAAGAAGAAAUAUCGUUUUUGAGAUGCAAGGUGUUCGAGAGCUGUGGUCGAUGAUUUGACAAUGACAAACGAUUUCUACGAAAAAUAUCGUAUCUCCGUUGCUAUUCCAAUUUUAUUUUCAUGCUUCAGACUUUCGAAAAUCAGCAUUUUUUAAAAUGAAAAACUUGACAAGAAUUAUAUUUUAACUUUCGUACAAAAUUCAAUUUAUAGACUCGUCAGGUUUUAUUUAUUAAAUCUAUUAAAAAUUUCUCUAUUAUUGAAUCUUAUUAUAUUAUUAUAUUAAUGUAAAAAUUAUUUAUUUGUCUUUUUUCACAUAAUUAAAAUUCGUAAGAUCUCGUUGAUAAUUUUGAGGUUAUAUUAUUACUUUUCGUCACGAUUACGAUUGAUAAUAUCAUUGCUGAUGCAUGAAUAAUUUUACACGACUGUGAAGCUCUUUAAUCGUGACUCGCAUCCACUUGCAUUCUUGCAACGAAAAUAUGUUUAUGAAACUGUGAAUAUAUAUAAAAUAAUAAUUAAGUAACGUUUAUCAUGCAGCGGGAGGAAAAGUGUUCUCGAUAAUAAUUUCGAAAUUAUUUCUCUUAUUUAACCCCCACUUAACACUCUCUUAUAUUUCAUUUAUUAAAAUUACAAACACACGAAUUAUAUUAUUUUUUUAAAAAUUGUAACUGUAAUAAUUUUCUUACUCUCGACACUCAAUAAUAACAAUAAUAAAUAAACUAAUGAAAUAAUCACACGAAAUAAUUAACGUUAUAUUUUCAUUUUCGUACGAAUAUCGAAAAAAUCAUUUUCUACGAAAAUAUUUCAAUUUCCAACUAAAAAGAAAAAUAUACACACAUAUAUAUUCUAAAUUACACUUUCAUACUUUUUUCUAAAAAUAUGUAUACAAUUUAUCAGAGAGAGAGAGAGAGAGAGAGAGAGAGAGAGAGAGAGAAAAUUAUUCAAUUUCUUCCUGUUAACAUUCUUCUUCCUAACUGCCGCGUUUAAGCUAAUUGUUUAAGGAAAAAAAAGAAAAAAAGAAAAAAAGAAAAAGACAAAGAAGAGUAUCUAUUGAACGUUGUUGAUGUAAUACUCAGCAUUGGUACAAAGCAGAACGACGACUCAUUGAUUCGCCGAAUGCUGUGUCCAUGGUUCACGCGAUCAGGGGGGAAAGAAUAUUGUACAAAGCGAAUAAUUUAAACGUUGACAUAAUUUUAUUCAUGUUGAGCGAACGUGUCUUUGCGAAGUUGUUUCGAAGAAAAACGAGUUAGUUGCUACCGAUUCGCAAAACGAUGCGCAAUCCUCGCGUGUCGAAUCGAAACAGAUGUAUCUAUGUAAAUUAUUAAUGUGGCGAUUAUCGUGCGAUUCGUGUUUUAUGUAUAAUCGAGACUAUUUCUUCAAAUGAUAAUUAUGUAUGUACGUUGAAAAUAUAAUAUAUAAUUUAAUUCAUCUGUUAAAUUUAUCAAUUGACAUUUGUCGAUUAACCGAAAGCAUUUUCUCCACGAAUUUUAAGUUCAAUCGGUGAAAAGCAAAUCUUAAUUUCAAGAAAACUUGAAGAAAUCUCUUGAAGAAACUUCGAUUUCAUAUCGAACUCGAUAUAAGAAGAACAUGUGAUGUGUAGACAUGUUACAUUAAUAAUUGUUUAGAAGAGGAACAAAUUUAGGGGAAGAUAGAAGAAGAAUUAUUCUGCAUCGAUUUCGUCGUUCUCCUUUCGUACUGUUGACAAUACUUUAAUCGUAUGGUAUACAUACACCUUUCUAUCUCAGGCUAAAUGUAAAAUGAUAUACAUAUAUAAUAUAUAGGAUUAUAUAUAUGAUAAAAAUUAUAGAAGAUAUUGUAUAAUCUAUGAGUGUAUUGUCUCUCUGUUUCACGGCGAUUCGUGAAUUUGUAACUAUAUUUAAAAUAUGUUAUACAAAAUAUAGUACUACUAAUUAUGAUUUAUAUAAUUAUUUUUGGUAGAAUAAUUAAAAUUACUCAAAAUUAAUUUGCAAAUGAUUGACGUGAUUGACGGAAUAUUUACAAAAUAAUAUACGUCAAUGUAAUUAAUUGAAAAACUUUGUUCAAGAUUUAUUCCACUGUUAAGAACUACAAUUAAUGAUUUUUAUAAUCUUUGCAUUUUCUUCUUUUUUUUUUUUAUAAAAACUUAUAUAGCCUUUCAAUGAGUUUCAGAGAUCGACAAAAUAGACGUCACAUCCUUCUCGAGUAUCAUUCAAAAAUAUCACUUAACACGUACAAUUACAAUACCAAUACGAAAAGAAUUUUUAAAAAACUUUUUAAAUUACAAAGAUAUAUGAGAUAACAAUUAAAAUUUAGAAAAGAAACUGAUAAUGAACGAAAGAUGGACAUAUAUAAAACAUCAUAUUCGCAUCCCUUGCAUAAAAUUUUAUCUCCGUUACUGAAUAUAAGUUGUUCGAAUUGUUCGAGACGAAACUUUUCACAAAGUUUUCAAUGAUAUUUCGAUCUCGAACAGGUAUGCAACAAAUUGCACAUUGAUAAUCGCGUAAAAAAAGGAGAACAACGGAACCAUGCAUCAAAUCGUGAAACUAAAUCCAGAAACGGUCACUGGAAAAUAAUAUUUUAUCAUUGUCGCGUUGUAUAAACGGGGCUAAAAGUUGCAUUAAGUGUCAAGAGUAUAUUUAUGAAUGUGGCGUAGCCCAUUUAAAUCUGUGUAUCGUUGUCUGUCUGUGCGCAUCGUUACUUCUGCUGUUUUGUACUUAAGGUGUGUGUAAAAAAAAAAGAAAAAAAAAGAAAAAAAAGAUUAACAAAAUGAUAUGUCUGUUGAACAUGGCGCCGACUAUUCGUUAUGACGUUAUCAUCGACCCUAUUUUUCGUGAAAUUCGACCGAUCGAAUCGAAAUUUAUCGUCAUUUAUUUUAUAUCUCUGAUUUGUGGAUCUGGACAAAUUUUAAUCGAGUCAAUUUCUUUCGAAGAAUUUCUAAAUAUCAUUUAGAUUUUGUUCAAAAAUAUGUAAAAGACCAAAGAUAUCGAUUCGAUCGAUGAAAGAGAGUUUCACACGCAUAACAUAUACACACACAUACUACGAUCGGUGCAAAUCUAAAGUUCGAUCUCUAUCAUGUUGUGAUAUUCUGUAGCCAAAUAAGUUAAAAAUAAAGGGAGAAGAGCGUGAUGUCAAGAA